UCCAAUAGUUAACUGGGCAGUCAUGUGGAGCAAACUUAUUUUGUGUGCAGCGUUUCUAAUCGUGGCAGACGCCACAUUCUUUAAGCCAAUUCUGCCAAUUCUGUUUCCUCACAAGCCGCCCUGCGGAGGAGGACCACCACCACCACCGCCACCACCACCACCACCACCAUGCCAUUGGCAACCACCUCCACCACCACCAUGCCAUUGGCAACCACCUCCACCACCACCACCACCACCAUGCCCAUGCAAUCAUGCAGAUAGGAGUCUAUCCUAUGCGCUGGAGGAGAAUAUUUGCCGUCUAUACCAAAAUCAAUGCUUUAUGAAAGAACAAUUUGAUCAAAGAAGGAAAGAACAUAAGAGCGACCUCGUGCCCGUAUCGCGAGAUCAAUGCAGGAAACACAUUCCUCACUGCCCAAACACGAAAGUGAUUGCCGAUGUAUCGAAGCCUCCAGCCUGCGGCUGUAAGGGCAAAGCAGGACCUGUGGAAAAAAUGACAUUCGAUAGCUUGUGCCAUCUGCAGAGAGAAGCGGCUUUAAAUGAUUGGCCUUACACGAAUGUGCAGACAUUGAAUUGAAGACAAAGAUGACCAUGGGCUACUUUUUGUUAACACUGAUUAUUGAUUUUUUAUUAAAGUUUGAAUAGUUUUUGCAUUGA